AUGGCGACUUUGCCUAAUUUUAGCACUGGAACGGCUGGCAUCACGAAAGGUCUCAUCACGCCUCUUGAGGGCGGACCGGAGAUACCGUACGCAAUUCUCGAAGGUGGCCAGCAAGGCGGGCCCGUAUUGCUUGUGACUGCAGGAGUUCAUGGCUCCGAAGUGUCGUCAAUCGAAGCCGCUCUACGUCUGAUGCGUUUGGACGUGGAGGGUUUACAUGGAACUCUGAUUGUUCUCCCAGUGGUCAACAUCACAGGAUACCGGUCUCGAAGCAUCUACAUCAUGCCUGAAGAUGGCAAGAACCUCAAUCGACAAUUCCCAGGCCGUGCGGACGGCUCUGCAAGCCAACGCCUGGCAUUCUGGAUCUCGGCAGCCUUUCCCAAGUGUGAUGCAUAUCUCGACCUUCACGGCGGCGACCUUGAUGAGGAUCUCAACCCUUUCGUCAUCUGCAACUCAGACAGCAAAUGUUCAAGAGAAUUGGCCGUAGCACUGGGCUUUGAGACGAUUGUUGCCACGCACGCGGCGAGGCGAACUGCCUCGGCAGCCGCAGGACAGCUCGGAAUACCAGCUUUGACUCUCGAAGUUGGCCACAACGGCAUUUGGUCUGAGGACACCGUCGCAAUGCAUUUUGAUGGCGUCUUAAGGGCCAUGGCCCACCUUGGUAUGCUGAAGUUCAAGCUCAUGCCCGCGGCAGCACCUUGCUCUCAACCGAAAUUCGUCAAGCUAUCUGUUCCUAUAGCGCCAGUCGAUGGGUUUUGGUAUCCUCGGAUUGCAGUGGGUUCACAGAUCACAGCAGGAGACACUCUAGGAGAAAUUCGCGAUGCGUUCAAUAACGUACAAGCCACUUGCACCAGUGAUGCUACGGGCGAAAUACUUUAUCUGCUGACGAGUCUAUGCGUAAACGCAGGCGAUCAACUGUUAGGGAUAGCCUAUCCAGAACCCGCAUGA